AAGGUGGUAAACGAAUGUGCCUCUAUAUAAACUCCCGUCAUGCCCUUGACGAGUGGUAGGUUCCCUUCCGUCUCCCUUCCAUGCUCGUGUUCAGUCUCGCUUGAAAUCCUACCACCAUGUCGGGAUCUGUUGCAACAAUCCUCCCAGAAGGGGUAGGUUAUGGUGUUGUGGUGGGUAUUGGAUUCUUCUUCACUGCGGUAAUGAUUGGCAUAUCCAUGCUACAGAAUCGAUACACCAAUUUCUCCACCAGAACCAACGAAGAGUUCAACACUGCCAGCCGAAGCAUCAAGCCAGGUCUCAUCGCCGCGGGUAUCGUGUCAGCAUGGACAUGGGCAGCCACCCUCCUCCAAAGCAGUACAGUCGCCUACGAGUAUGGCGUGGCAGGACCAUUCUGGUACGCCGCCGGUGCCACCGUCCAGAUCCUGAUGUUCUCCAUCCUCGCCUGCAAAACCAAAAUGAACGCCCCUCGCUGCCACACCUUCCUCGAGAUCAUUCAAGUCCGAUACGGCGCAGUAGCACAUCUCGUCUUCAUCUUCUUCGCCCUGGUCACCAACAUCCUAGUCGGUUCUCAAUUACUCCUCGGAGGAUCCGCCGUCGUCACGACCCUCACAGGCAUGAACGUCUACGCAGCAAUCUUCCUCAUUCCCCUCGGCGUAGUCAGCUACGUGAUCAUGGGUGGUCUCCGCGCCACCUUUCUCUGCGACUACUCGCACACCCUUAUCCUCAUGAUCAUCAUCCUGUACUUCAUGUUUGAAGUCUACGCGACAGACAGCCUCAUCGGCUCCCCCGCAGAAAUGUUCCGCCUGCUCAAGAAAGCCGCCAACAUGCGCCCCGUCGAGGGUAACCAAGACGGCAGCUAUUUGACGCUCAAGUCCAACAACGCGCUCAUCUUCGGCGUCAUCCAACUCUGUUCCGGCAGCGGCACCGUCUUCCUUGACCAAGCAUACUGGCAACGCGCCAUCGCUUCACGCCCCACGACCGCCGUACGAGCCUACAUCCUAGGUGGCCUAGCUUGGUUCGCCAUCCCCUUCGGCUUCGCCACGACUCUGGGUCUCGCCGCCGUCGCAUUGACCGACAACCCGGCCUUCCCAACGUACCCGAACCCGCCUACCUCCUCUGAGAUCUCCGCCGGAUUAGCAUCAGCAUUCUCAGCCAGCACCUUACUCGGCAAGAGAGGCGCCGUCGCCCUACUAAUCACGCUCUUCAUGGCCGUCACAUCCUGCGCAUCCGCCGAACUCAUCGCCGUCUCUUCAAUCCUGACAUUCGACAUCUACAAAACAUACAUUAAACCGUCCGCCACGCCCGCGAACUUGAUCUUCAUGGCUCACGUCAACGUCGCCGUCUUCGGCAUGACCAUGGCUAUCUUCGCCAUAAUCUGGCACGUCAUCGGUAUUGACCUAGGCUGGCUUUUCUUGGUCAUGGGGCUGAUCAUCGGCGGCGCCGUCUUCCCAGCAGCUUUCGCAGUGACAUGGAAGAAACAGUCGCGCGCAGGCGCCAUCUCCGGCGCGGUAUGUGGUCUCGUCGCCGGCCUAGCAGCCUGGCUUGCCGAAGCCUAUGUCUAUUAUGGUGAAAUCACGCUCUCCUCCACAGGGUCCAAUUACGCGACACUCUCAGGAAACUUGGCCGCCAUCAUGACCGGCCUCAUAGUCAGUGUGGUAGUGUCGUUGAUCAAGCCCGACAACUGCGAUUGGAGCGCCACGCGGGCUCUCAAUAUGGAAUCCACGGUGCCCAUUCCGGGCGUCAACCCACCUCUGCGCGACCACCGAGCCGACUCGAACACAACACAGACCGGAGACAUUGCUCAGGAAAAGAAAUCUACCGACGACUCGCCGUCGCCUAUGCUUGCUCCGACCUUCCCGCCCCCAGACGAGAAACACAUUGCUACACGCAUCCCAUCGAAUGCCAGCGCCGGAACUCGACGGGACUCGAUUCGCAUCGACGAGGAGCGACAAAUGUCCUUCGACGCCGCGCUGGAAUCCGAUCCCAACGCUUUACGCUCGGCGUUCAAGCUCGCGUGCAUCGCAAGCUUUGUCCUGCCAUUCAUCAUGGACUUCUUGAUCCCGAUCCCCAUGUUCCUCAGUCACUAUGUCUUCUCGGAGCACUUCUUCACCGCGUGGGUGGUCAUCAGUUUCAUCUGGGUGUUUUCUUCGGCCAUCAUCUCUGUGGUCUUGCCCAUCUGGGAGACCAGGACUUUCUUCACACAGUUGGCCACGGAGAUCAUGGCGGAUAUCAGGGGACGAAAGGGGACUGAUUGAUUUGCAGACAGGUAUGAAGAUCUGCCUGUAUGGUAGAUUUGUGAAAUGUUGCAGCUAGAGCUAGAC